AUUGGGGGUUGGUUCAGUAAAGUGUACACAAAUCUAAUCAGUUAUUUAUAGUCUUCAUUAUCAAUCAGUUAUCGACUCUAUUGAGAAUACAUCAACUUUAAGCAAGCGGUGCUUGUAAAUAUGCGCGCCGGUGUUUUGAUUUGAUUCUUCAAAACAUCAGCAACAAAACUCUCAGCUUGAGUGUUAGGGAAAGGUAAAGUCGAGUAGUGCUUCGAUCGCGUGUUUUCUUUCGUCUGUUAUAAUAUGUACGGUCUUUAAUAUGAUUUUGCAUUGUCUCGCCCACCAGGACGUUUAUUCGAAUGUGUGGGGAUUUCAAACAACUGGGCAGAUUCAACGGAAGGCUGAAAAACUCAACAAAAGUGAGAGUACUCGGGCAGUGCACUAACUAGAGGUUCAUGUAAAGAUCAUCUUGAAUAAUGUGUGCUUGUGAAAAGGGAUUCAUUAUGUGUGAAAUAUUGAGCAAGGAUUGGGUCACACAUGAAGAAAGUUGAAAUAAGUCAAAAGAAAAGCUGCAUGUCCUGAUGACUCCCCCUUAACAAGAGCUUCCAGGAUGCUAAAUCAUCACUGUCGAAGGAACCCGGAGCUGCAAGAGGAACUGCAAAUUCAGGCCGCUGUUGCAGCAGGGGAUGUUCAUACCGUGCGCAAAAUGCUGGAACAGGGGUACUCCCCGAAUGGACGUGAUGCCAAUGGCUGGACUUUGCUUCACUUUUCAGCAGCAAGAGGCAAGGAGAGAUGUGUCCGAGUCUUUCUGGAACAUGGAGCUGAUCCCACAGUGAAAGACUUAAUUGGUGGCUUCACAGCCCUGCAUUAUGCCGCCAUGCAUGGCCGGGCACGGAUUGCACGCUUGAUGUUGGAAUCAGAGUACCGAAGUGACAUUAUCAAUGCCAAGAGCAAUGAUGGGUGGACUCCCCUCCAUGUGGCAGCACACUACGGCAGGGACUCGUUUGUCAAGCUCCUGCUGGAGUUCAAGGCUGAGGUCGAUCCGUUCAGUGACAAAGGCACCACCCCACUUCAGCUGGCCAUUAUCAGGGAGCGCUCCAGCUGCGUGAAAAUCCUCUUGGACCACAACGCUAACAUUGACAUCCAGAAUGGCUUCCUGCUGCGCUACGCUGUGAUCAAAGGCAACCACUCAUACUGCCGCAUGUUCCUCCAAAGAGGGGCCGACACCAACCUGGGCCGCCUGGAGGACGGGCAGACGCCUCUGCAUUUGUCUGCUCUGCGGGACGAUGUGCUCUGUGCUCGGAUGUUGCACACCUAUGGCGCAGAUACAACUACCAGAAACUAUGAGGGACAGACUCCACUGGCAGUGUCUGGGAGCAUGUCUGGAGCUAGCCGGCCUUGUCUUGAUUUCCUGCAAGAAGUCACAAGACAACCCAGAAAUUUGCAGGACCUGUGUCGAAUAAAAAUCCGACAGUGUAUAGGACUUCAAAAUUUAAAACUACUUGAGGACUUGCCUAUUGCCAAGGUCAUGAAAGACUAUUUAAAACACAAGUUUGACAAUAUCUGAGACCUGCAGUUACACAAUGCUACCAUUGCCACACAAGGCUGUUGCCUUCAUCACAGUAUAUCCUAUGCAAUUACUGAUUUUCGGAAAAAAAAAUUCAGAGCACAGGUAUACCGUUUUUAUAUCAAUUGCAAAAAAAUUAAAUAAUAAUACAGUCUUAACAUUGUUUUUGCUCCCCAGGUUUACAGAAAAUAAGCUUUAUAUAUAACAACAACAAAGAACUUUUAUAUGAAGGUGUUCUUUUUUUUUUAACAAAUCUUUUGAGUAAAGUGUACAAACAAACAAACAAAAGGUCUAGCUGGCUUCUGAAUGCAAAAUAAACAUGAACUACUAAUGUAUAAAAUAUGCUCUUAAUAUUAGAAACUGGUAAAUGAUUCUUAUUGCUGGCAUUUAGUAUUUAAUUAUAAAUUCAAUUUGAGUUUUAUUAUCUUAAUUGUGAGUGAAGCAUAAGGAUGUAAUUUCAUUGAUCAUUCUGUUUUAAAACACUUUUUUAAAAUUUUCCUAUUAAUACCUCUACUGUUGCAUUAGAAUUUCAGGAAAUUGGCAAACAGACAAUGUUAAACCAGGAGGCUGUUCUAGGGAAAUUCACAAUACCACCAGAAGUCUCAUAGUUAUUGAUUACUUUAUUUGGUAAGCACAAAAAAAUCCAUGGUGAAAGUUGGAGAAUUACUAAAAUGUGUAUGAAAAUGCUUUGUCAGUGCUCCCGAUGUCAAAACAAUGUGCAAUCAUUUUGAGCAGCAAACAUGAUCAUCUGUUUACAUGCUUCAGAAUCCUAUCAAAUUAUUGUGUUCCAAGAAACUUAAGAGUUUUGUAUUUUGGACUUCAGAACAUUCAUUUUAUAUGGUUACUUGGAAGGCCUAGUAUUUAUUAAUUGAAAUACUUUUAUAUUCAGAAAAUGAUGUGUGCUCCUUCAAAGUGUGCAAUUGUUAGAGAACCGUCAGUAUUCGGAGAGUAUGCAUUUUAAGGAAGUGGUAUUAGUCCUGUCAUUAGCCCCAGACUUCAGAUUGUAAACACGCAGUCACAUAUUAUUCCAAGAACAAAAAUAGGUUUGGACUCGCACAGCUAGUGUCCACUUCCAACGCAGGGAUAACAAGUUUCAACAGAUACAGUUCAGAAUUAUAUUUGAGGAUCAGCAACAAGCAAGAAAACCCAGGGUACAAAUGCAUCAGCUAUGCUUGUGUGGAAACAGUAUAUAUUAUCAAAAGGAGGGAAGCAACUGGAUUCAAACAUUGCUAAUCAUCAUUAGCAAUAAACAACUUAUUUACUUUAUACUUUUUAAUUGAUUGUUCUCAUGUGGCUUGUUUUGUGUCUUUUUGCACAUUGUGGAGGUCUUUGAAGUGGUAGAAACUAUUGUAUCCCAAUGGGAAUGAAUGAGAAGUCAUCCUGAUCCAUCUCCUGCAACGUGGGUGUGCAGGACUAAAGAGGAGAUCAUAAUAUAGAUUCCAUAUUCAAGAAGCAAAAACUGACAGCACCUGUUUCAAAAAUAACAUUUUUGUGGUUCAUUAUAAGUUACCUGCCUUCUGUGUAAAACAUAAAACAGACAAGUAAUUUAAGUUUUCCACUUAUCAGAAAAAUCUAGUUCCAAAAUAAGAAGUUUAAAAAAAAAAAAAAAAAAAAAAAAAAAAGCUUCUGUCAUGUUUUGUGGUAUUAUGUUUUAGAUAUUUUAGCAAAACAAGUAAACAUUUUGUUCAUACGAAAAUAUUUCCUUACCAUACAGUUUCGUUGUCAUUCUUAUUGGUGCAUUUUUAUACCCUCUUCAGUUUGCCAGUUUACCUUCAUGUUAUCAGGUACAACAUUUUUGACCACCUUUAACACAAUCACACUUUCUUCACAAACUUACACACCCAUACGCUUUCAGAUGGCUUUUUUUUCAUUUUUGCAGCUGCCAGCAACUUACAGUUUUAAAUGAACUAUUGGUAGAGAUAACCCAAUGUAAGCCAAGCAAGGUUUAACACAAUUAUUAAAUUGAUCAUUUAACUACAUUACAUUGCCCAAUAGCAUAUGUUCCUGUUGAAACAUUUGUGUUUGUAAUGAUGCAUCAAAUGUUAGAUACAAGUUCAUAUUUAAGUGAAACUGGUGAAAUAAUCCCUUUAGUCUUGUACUGUUUCUGCUACUGUAUUUUUUAUUAAAUUGUGCAGGGCAAGUUAGUUGUUGGAGUUUGAUGUCUGGGUGUUUGCAUUGCUAGGUUGAAAACCCCAUUUCAACGAGUUGGAUUCUUGAGAAUUAAAUUCUUUGAAAUCCUUUUGGAAAUGAACACUUAAUAUUUAUUUUCAUACUGUUGUGCUUGGCCACAUAAUAUGUUAUGAUACCAUACAAUGGAAUUGAUGUAGUUAUCAAGCCUGAACUCAAUAAUGCCCUUAAGAAAUAACAGCUGUGUAAAGUUGCAUGACAGAAACUAGCCACCAGAGGUAUGCUGUGUGACUCAGGCAUUUAAAAUAUAAUACAGAUAUUACUGAGACUUGCUCGUUGAUUGCUAGCUUAUCAAAGCAACAACUUCCAACUUGUUAUUGUCAAAAUUCUUCAUUGCUCAUUUUCAAAGAUACAUUGAACAUACUGGUUAUAAGAUCUCUACAGCACUUACCAAAUACAUUCUUAAUUUUAAACACAUCAUUUCCUCUGUCUUAAUUUAAGAAGAAUAUUUCAGACCCAUAUGAUAAAUGUUUAAACAUGCUUGAAUCAAAGUGCAACAGUGGCUGGAUUAUUAUUAUUAUUAUUAUUAUUAUUAUUAUUAUUAUUAUUAUUAUUGUUAUUGUUAUUGUUAUUGUUAUUGUUAUUGUUAUUAUUUUAUUUCAGUUGGUUAAAAGUGGCACAUAUCUACUAUCAAAGACCAAUAAAUCACUAAUCAAUAUUACUUCCAGUCUUCCAGACAUCAUCUGCUGAUUUGUUGGGAUAAAAAAUGUAGUGAAACUGGAAAAGCGCAAUAUGUCAACUGGUAUGUAAAAUGUAAAAAUGUGUGAAUUAAAAUGGGAGAGUUAUACUGUCUGCCACAGUGAUUGCCUUCCUUUUCCAGAAAUAUUACCCUCUGUAGAAUCCUGAAUAUUAUGACUGAUUAAGGAGAUUGUGUUCAUAUUGGAAUUGAAUGACACAGAGCGGUCUUGAAUUAGAAUUUACAGUAACUACAGCCCUUUAACUGGUAUAUGUUUAGUUGUGCCUGAACGUUAUACUGGCAAUGCCUUUAGAGGACGACUCCAGAUCUGCCAGUGCUUGGAUUCUGUUUUUCUGUUAUAAAUACUGAACAAUAAAUCAGCAUUAUGUAGGAUUGCUCCGUAAUAAAGUGAGACCCAAAUAACAGAUCUCAAGUUUGCUAUGGUUUUAUACUCUAUUGUAAAUCACUUUUUUUUUUUUAAUCACAAUUACAGAUUUGUCCAAAUUGCACUAGAUCUCAUUUGGUGUAGAACACUGCGUAAACAUUUUGCACAAAGCAUAUUGUACUUUCUCUCCUUAAAGAAGGAUUCAUGUAAUGUUCUAUUGAUUUUACAUGAGAUAUUCAGCAUAAAAUAGUGUUCAUGU